ACUUGCCAAACCAUCCAUCGUCCAAGCCCUAGAAUUCAUCUGAAAUCCUCCUGCGUUUCAAUGGCUCGCACGAAGCAGACAGCUCGGAAGUCCACUGGUGGCAAGGCUCCCCGGAAGCAACUGGCCACCAAGGCUGCACGCAAGUCGGCACCGGCGACCGGCGGAGUCAAGAAGCCCCACCGCUUCCGCCCUGGGACGGUGGCUCUCCGAGAGAUCCGGAAGUAUCAGAAGUCGACGGAGCUUCUGAUCCGUAAGCUGCCGUUCCAGCGAUUGGUGCGAGAAAUUGCUCAGGACUUCAAGACCGAUCUGCGGUUCCAGAGCUCGGCCGUCGCGGCUCUCCAGGAGGCGGCGGAGGCUUACCUCGUCGGACUCUUCGAGGAUACUAAUCUGUGUGCUAUUCAUGCUAAGCGCGUCACCAUCAUGCCCAAGGACAUUCAGCUUGCUCGCCGUAUUAGGGGUGAGCUUCCAUUAGUCUUCAAUGAAAAUGGGACUUUGCUUUGCGCCUUUCAUCUGAAGUCCUCCUGCGUUUCAAUGGCUCGCACGAAGCAGACAGCUCGGAAGUCCACUGGUGGCAAAGCUCCCCGGAAGCAACUGGCCACCAAGGCUGCACGCAAGUCGGCACCGGCGACCGGCGGAGUCAAGAAGCCCCACCGCUUCCGCCCUGGGACGGUGGCUCUCCGAGAGAUCCGGAAGUACCAGAAGUCGACGGAGCUUCUGAUCCGUAAGCUGCCGUUCCAGCGAUUGGUGCGAGAAAUUGCUCAGGACUUCAAGACCGAUCUGCGGUUCCAGAGCUCGGCCGUCGCGGCUCUCCAGGAGGCGGCGGAGGCUUACCUCGUCGGACUGUUCGAGGAUACUAAUCUGUGUGCUAUUCAUGCUAAGCGCGUCACCAUCAUGCCCAAGGACAUUCAGCUUGCUCGCCGUAUUAGGGGUGAGCGUGCUUGAGUCAGAGUUUCGGCUUAGUUUUGAAUGAUGCAAUGCUUGGCUGUUUUUUGUAUAGACGUGUUAGGUCAUGAUCUGCUUCUUGCUUUUAGGAAUUUGCUCGUAUUUGGCUGAAUUUGUAUUCAGCUGCUCUGAUGUACUUUGUUCAAUCAUUCUUCAACGAAAUGGGGCUAUUGUUUCUUUAAUUUA